ACAGGUUGCUAGGAGAAGAGCUGACAGCGGCGUAUUGAAGCGGCUCAGAGCAAGUGCGCAACUUGGCACAUCGAAACCACAUUUUCAUUCAAGAAAUCGGUGGUAGAUCGGGACUUUAUACCAAAGUUUAUUUUAGCACGACGUUUUUAAAGAUCCCAUACAAUCUUGUUUUGUAGUCACGGCGGGGGUCGGGUGGUGUUCUGCUCCACCAAACUGCUGCGUUUUUCUUCCAUUCCGCUGCGUAAAAGCGCAGUACAAAGGAGGAUCUGUCUGCGCGCUGCAGGUAGAUAUCUCAGGUGAGGCGGAAGCAGUAUGGUUCACAUGAAGAGGAGGAAUUAACCUGUUCCGAUCGGCCAAAACGUACCAGCUCGAAAGACGCCCAAAACGGAUCCAAGGUGAUGCCCUCUGUGCACGCGCUUGACUCCUAUUGGUUGUGGGUAUAGAUGGCAGCGCCUCCGGAUGUGCUGGCCGUGCCUAGUGUUGUGGUCAGGAGUGUUUUGCUGCUGGUGCUGGGCGGUAAUCCCAUCAGCGCAAAUUUUACUUCUAUUGUAAGCAGCAGGGAGUCAAAUAACACCACUGGGUCUGACAUAGCAGCUAUCGUGGCCCCAACUGUCACCGUGGGUGUCCUGGCAAUCGCCUCAGCUGUUCUUGCCUGGCUCUUCUGCGUGGUGAAGAAGAAGAGGCAGACUGAAGGGACGUACAGACCCAGUGCUGAGGAACAGUCGGGGGCCCACAACGCCACAGCACCAGAUGUACUAAAGUUACCAAAAGAGGAAAGACUCAUAUGAGCCUCUGUGCUCCAAGUUCAUGCAAAAACCUGUUGGACGUGGACUAAAAAUGUGCACAGUAGCAUUUCCUGUGACAUAAAUCUCGGUUGGUGAGAUGAUCUCUUUGAGGAACUGUAACAUGAUGCAUCUCAUCAUGGCUUAAUUUAGUCCAUGAGCCAGU